AUGACUUCCGCUUUUUGCUCGGGCUGCUUGACGCAGCUUCGCCAGACACCUCGCGCCAUUUUACCACCGCCGUCCACAGCAGUGCCCCGAACAGCGGCCUUCCACACAUCCGCCCCUCUCCAGAAGGUGGUUCAGAAAGCCAAGGCUUCGGGAUAUGAGGGUCCUAGGUACCGUGUUGGGGCCAAUGUCAAGAUCAAGAAGAAGGGCAGACCCCAGGAGAAGUCGCGUCCUCCGCCCCCCGGAGAGCGCAAAGCCCUCCGCAAGCGGAUUGUCCUCAGCAACCCGAAUGCCCUCGAGGUCGAAGGGAUGCAGGAGCUCAACGGAGAAACGAUGGUGGAUUCACGUCUUCGCGGCUCAGUCCUCGCUCUCCCCGUGCCGAUGAUCGAUCAGUUGCGAGCUGUCCAGGCGUUCAAGACUAGCCAGGGCUGGUCGAUUUUCCGCCGCCCCGGGACGGUUUCGCGACGGGAGACAUUGGAGAUGGGUAGACUGUUUGAUCAAAUCUCCAACGAAAGCGCGGGCGAUAGGAGUUCACUGAAGAGAAUUAUUACCGGGCAGAGGAAAGCGGGAAAGAGUGUUCACUUGUUGCAGGCUAUGGCGAUGGGAUUCACGAAGGAGUGGAUUGUUGUUUCUGUUCCGGAUGCACGGGAUUUGGUCGUCGGGACUACCAGCUACGCGCCGCUGUCUGAGGCCCAGCCCAACUUAUAUGUCCAAAACGCGGCAACGGCAGAGUUGCUAUCUCGUACUGCCACUGCCAACAAGAAAGUUCUUUCUAACCUCCUUGUCUCUCAGGAGCAUGCCGCCCUUCCUACUGUUAAGCCUGGCAUGACUCUGGAAGACCUCGCGAAGUUCGGUAUUCAGGACCAAGCGAACGCAUGGCCUGUUUUCCAGGCGCUGUGGGCAGAACUUACAGCAACGUCCGCGACGCCUGGCCUUGAGAAGCACUUUACUCCCCGUCCUCCUACACUCGUGACUGUUGACGCUGUCGGCUACUGGAUGCAGAAUACCGCUUACCACAGCAUUAAGCAUGAGCCUAUCCACGCUCAUGAUUUCGUCUUUGUGCGACACUUCCUCGACUUGUUGAAGCCUGGCAAAGGAAAGUCUGCCCUGCCCAACGGCGGAGCCCUUCUUUAUGCCACCUCAUCCUCCAACAACCCGUCCAUCUACGCCUUUGACGUCGCUCUCAAGCAAGCUGCAGCUCGCCACGCUGGCGUGAACCCCUCAUCUUCCGAGUUCCCUCUCCCCGAACCAUACAGCAAACCUGAUACCCGCGUUCUCGAGGCUCUCAACUCGCCGAAACCUACCGUUUCCAAGGAGGGUAUGCUGAACGUGCAGGAACUUGGUGGGCUGACCAAAGAGGAAGCCCGCGGCUUCCUGGAGUACUUUGCCCGCAGCGGUCUUCUUCGGGAGACGAUUAGCGACGAAUGGGCUAGCGAGAAGUGGACGCUGGCUGGUGGUGGCGUGGUUGGAGAGCUUGAGAAGCUGGGCAGACGGUUGCGUGUGGCUGCAUAG